UGUUUUGCUUCCCCACCACCCGUUUGGCGAAACGCCGCAGCCACGGAAAAGGAGAAAGAACUCGCUUGCUGUUUUCGGGUCUGCUCUGCUACCUGCCGCGGUUGUGGUCUUAAUUCGAUGCGGAGCUCCUCGUCUGGUGACGCAGAGAGCCAGUGCUCUUGAUUGGUUGGAGUGUCGACUGCUGUUCGAGGAAUUAAAGCCGUUUCUUCUUCCUCUAGGCGUCGUCCUGGUCCUUGCCCCUGAACAAGGGCCUUUGCCGCUUCUUCUCAAUAACCUCGGUGUUAAUCUACAGGUGAUAGGUAGAAGAAGAAUAAGCUGGCUUGAAGAUUAUGGCAUCUCUUACUCCAGGGAUAUUAUUAAAGGUUCUCAAAAAUAUUAACUCUGAUGUGAAAGUAUGUGGAGAAUACCGGUCCAUUCUUCUCCAAGUUAUUAGCAUAGUCCCUGCAAUUACUGGUUCGGAACUUUGGCCAGACCAUGGUUUCUUCAUCAAAGUUUCAGAUUCGUCACACUCAACCUACGUUUCUUUGUCUAAGGAGGACAACGAACUCAUCUUGUCAAACAAACUACAACUUGGACAGUUUAUAUAUGUUGAGAAGGUUCAGUCAAGUAUUCCUGUUCCAGUUCUUGUUGGGGUCCGACCAGUUCCCGGAAGGAACCCUUGUAUUGGAAACCCAAAGGAUCUGAUGCAAAUGUCAACUCCCUCUGGGGUUAUGGAAGCACUGGAUCAUCAAAGAAAUACUUCCAAGUCAGCUGAUCUGUCUGAAAGUGAAAAAGAAAAUUUGCAGAGGAAGGUAGUUAUCAAAGAGCAGAAGUCGGUUGUUGCUUCCCGUUACAUGCUUGGGGUAUCAAGCAACAAUGGCAAAAUUACCAAUCUGAACUCCAGCAUUGAUAGUGACAAAAGUUAUGGAGGAAGUAGCAUAUGUGAAUCAAAUCAAAAGUCUGUUGCCCCAAAAGUCAGACAAGAGGCAAAACCUCAGGAACGGCCAAAUACUACAUCUCCUAGUCAUGCUAAGUUGGUGCACACAAAGCAAGAAAUUAACAAGGAAACACGCAAGAAUAGUGGCACUUCACCUAGUCCAAAUGGUGCUGCUGUAGUGAAGAAGCAAAUGCCAAAGGAGAGCAAAAAGGAAUCUGCAACUGAAAGAAGAUCACCGCCAAAGCUUUAUAGGAGCUCAACAACGCCAGCUAGCACUUCACCACCAAAGCUCAGUUUGUCAGCAAAGCAGAAUGGAAAUUCUGGUCCAGUCCCUUCCGUAUCUAGUGUUAAACGAAGGGUUACUGAAACUAUUUCCUGGGACUCCCUCCCAACAAGCCUAAUCAAGUCUGGAAAGGCUGUUGUCAGGAGGAAGAAUAUUGCUCUUGUAGUAGCAGCUGAGGCUCAAAGGGAGGCUGCUGCAGCUGCAUAUCUUGUAAAAGGCCUUGGAAUUUUCGCUGAGAUAAGGGAAUCUUCUGAAGUGGAUCCACAUGCUGCAAUCACCAAGUUUUUUCAGCUACACCGGCUUAUGGUUCAGCAAAGUGCUGUCUGGAAAGCUUACUCCCCAGAGCCUGGCAAAGAAUCUCGGGCAGAGAAGGAAAAACCGUCAAGGAAAGUUUCUGCAUCUCAGAACAAAGCUGCUCCAUACAACACAGCAAAGAAUUCCGACGAUGCUCAGGCAGGUGAAAAGGUGGAAUGGGCCCGAGAGGAUGGCUUCAGGGAGAUCUGCAGGUCAUGGGUUGCUCUGAAAAAGGAAUCGCAGUCUUGGUUCCUUAGCUUCUUGGAGGAUGCUCUUGAGUCAGGAUUCGAGUUCGAGGAUCAAACCAAGACCACCCGGGAACGCGUGCGGGGACAAUCCAAGGGUGCGGAUGGGAGGAUCGCGGCCCGGCUGUCGCAGCUCAAGGAAACAAGCAACUGGCUCGACCAGUUGCAGGACGAGGCGGAUGGUUUGGUCGAAACCAUUGAGCAGCUGAAGCAGAAGGUCUACAAGUGCCUACUUGGAACGGUUGAAACCGCGGCAUCAGCGCUCGAAGGAAGGUAG